AUGAAACUGGGCUUCCACAGCGGGUUUCAGCGCCCCGCUUCGCCAGAGCCCGCCGUGGCGCGCUCCCCGCAGGAAGGACAAGCUUCCAGCGUCAACGACGAGUCCUCAGGACACUUAGUCACAUCAGACGACCAGCUACAAUGGCCGUCUCCAGCACCACAUGUGUCAAGCUCACAGACUCGACUAUUUAAAUGUAAAACAGAGUCAGUACUAACAAACACACCUGCACCACCAACACACCUGCACCACCACCACACCUGCACUACUAAUCCAUCUCCGCCACUAACCUACAGCUACGAUUUUGUUCUACCGGAUCAAAACUACUUCGGUGAAGGCUUCAGCAACGGGUCAGGAACAGGUGUGAUUGGCUCAGUUGCUCGCGGGGAAGCCGACAUAGCAGGCGUGAUGAGCAUUACACAGGAUCGCUACGCUAUUUUGGAUUUCAGUGAGCCAGUAUUUAUAGAUGACUUCAAGAUCCUAUAUAAGCGUCCAGUCCUCGGCCCUGAGAUUGCAGGUUUCAUCAGACCCUUCUCUCCCUUGAUGUGGAUCCUGACAUUCUGUACCACUGUGUUGAUUUUCGUGGCCACUUGGCUUAUUCUGUGGGGACGAGGGGAAUUCACGACCACUCAGGAGAGGUUAGUGGAGAUGACACACUCAAGGGGCAGCAGACACCCCCACACACAGCCCACACCCCCACCCACCAGUAUAAUGAAGUGGUCCGCUGACAGAGCUCUGCUGACAACUCUCUCUGUCCUACUCUCCCAAGACACGGGGCGGCCACACACCAGCAGCUGGUCAGUGAGAUUGGUAGUGGGGAUGUGGCUCUUGGUCUCCCUCAUCCUUGGGACCAUCUAUCGCUCCAAUCUGAGGGCCAUGUUGAUCACACCACACAUCGAACUGCCUUUCGACAACAUUGAGCAGCUCAUUCACUCCAAUAUUCCACUUUACUGCGCACCCACCAACUACUUCGACAAAACCACGAAGAUGGCUCCGAAGAACUCGCCUCUGGGCCGUCUAAACCGUCAAAUGGUCUACCACAAUAACGUCUCUCGAGCUGUUAGUGAUGUACUGGAUGGAGUCUACGCUGGAGUUAGCAACGGCCUGUUUGCUCUUACCAUAGAACAUCUUCAUUUCUCCAAGACCGGAUCAUGUGGCCUGUACAUGAUGUCAGAGAAAAUUUCGGAGAGUUUGUCCUAUGCAUUCCCCUUUCCAAAAGGUUCUCAACUUAAACCCAAGUUUGACGUCGUCAUACGUGCGUUGAAGGAGUCGGGCAUUAUGAAUUGGCUGAUCAAACAAUCUGCUCCAAAUGCUUCUAACUGUUAUAAGCCCAUCUCCAGCGAUUCUUCGGGCGUUCUGCGCUCCCUCGAACUUGGGGAUUUCUACGGCCUUUUCUCCAUUUACGCCGGAGGAAUAGUGAUGGCCAGUAUUGCCUUCGCCGUGGAGCUGGUCCUUGGGGGCCAAGGAAUUCAAGGUGGAGUCAAGACGCCCUGUCCUGCGUCCAAGUGAUAGGAAGUGACUUGGGUCUUGUGAGACAGUGAGGGAGAGGUGUUCCUGUGAUGGUGAAGAGGGAGGGGUCCUGUGACAGGACGUGGGGAGGGGGAGGGUCCUAUGAGAG